CACAGAAUAGAUGAAUUUCAUUACAGUGAUAUUUUAUGUGAGUUUAAACAUUUUAUACGCUAAAGGCUAAACAUUAAAACAUUUAUUCAUUAUUAUACAUUUAUACCUAACAUUUAUAUUUUGUUAUUUUAUCGUGCUAUUAGUUUCUUACCGUCCAUUUACCAAAACCAAAAAUUAAAAUUAAUAAAUGUAAGCAGACUGUAUUCAAGAUAAUUAAUAUUGCGCAUGUAAAGGAUCGAUUUGGGAGUGAAGGGCGAAGGAGAAGAAGAUGAAAAUCAUAGGCACAAGGCACAUGAUAACAAUAUUAUAUUAAAAUGAUGGACGACGAUCGACUGUCCAUAAACGCACUGCCUGACGAGAUUUUGCUGUGCAUAUUCCGAAUGCUGACCGCCACCGAGUUCGUCGCGACGUUACCGCUCGUGUGCGACCGGUGGUCGCGGAUAAUCGCGUCAGACGCUUGCACGCUAAAGCGGGUAGGCAUGCACCACGCGAACGCGUCUGCUGCUGUCGAAUUCUUCUACUUCCGCGACGAAAACGAACGGUCGCUGAUGUUCCAUUGGCAGUCCGACGAGUACACUGCACGGCUAGUGCAGUACAGCUACGACCAGUUCGACGAUAGUGGCAUUGGCGGUCCGGUGAGGCGGAUUGGUUACGCGAACGCGUUCUACUUGUGCGCGCGGUACGCGGAGAUCUGCGGGCACAUCACCACGCUGAUAAUCUCGUCCAAUCUGUGCGCAUACGCCACUGACGGGUUCACGUACGUCGACUGUCUGACCACGUUAGUAUUGCACGGCGUCCGGAUCCGGGAGGCAGACCAGUACACGCUCGCCGAACUGGGCACCGUGUACUGCAACGUGACGGACGUGAUGUACUUGAAAUGUUCGCUCGCCUCUCGUUUCGACCUCAAGUUCCUGCACGCCGGGUUCGGGCAGCUACGGCGGUUCCGAGCCGACCACAACUCCGUCGGAGUCCGGUUCCUGGAAGACCUGUUGUACGCGCACCGGGGCACCCUUGAGACGGUCGUGCUGGGCGACUCCACGGUGACGGGCGACCGUUGGAUAGACGUCCUGUCGGAAAGGCUCCGUGGACGAACCAUAAACCGCCUGAACAUGCACAGUGCGUACUUCACGGAGAGGUGCGUGAAUCGGUUUCUGACCUCAGCCGACUUGAUCCUGCCCGAUGACAGAUCCAACGUGACCAUCGACAGUGAGCUAAGUAGGAUCUCGUUUUCCAUCGACAUCGUUCCCUUACGAUGAUUUCGUGCCCGGUACCCAUAUAUUAUAACAAAUUAUCACUGCUGCCGUUGUACUAAACAAAUAUAUAAAAUAUAAAAAAUAAGAUACGAUUCUAUAGUUCAUAAUGAGUAUAGGUAAAACGGUUUAUAUGUUUCGAAUUUCCAUGCAUUUUGCUGUAUUUUUUUUAAUUGCCUAUUUCGUAAUUUUUGAGUUCCGCUUCUUUUUUUUAUUUUUCUAUUAUUUAUAGGUUAUAUAACCUAUAGGUACUACUGUAUUAGGUAUAUUAUCCAAUAUCCAUAGCCAUAUUUAUCCAUCUUAUUACCUAUAUUUAUAUAGGUAGCUUACGUUUUAACGUAAUAUGAAAUUGACAUUGCUGCAGAGUGCAGGUAUCGGUAUAUGCUAUAGUCCGCGACACGAAAAGUGGCCGAUUUGUACCGCGACCCGUUGCGGCUUCCCUACCUGUUAGCCAUUGGUUCUCAACCUAUACCACCUCCUGCCCGGCGCACGGCGGUCGCAGUGCCAUGCAUCUGCGCGCAAUGUGUAUUCCAUACAUUAUAGUAGACUGGUUUUUUUUGUGCACCCUUAGCUGAUCUUCUGGAAUGCCUGGAGGGCAGCUGCAGAAUGUGCUGUGGUAGGGGAUACAGUAAUGCACAUAAUACAAACACGUUUUAUGGCACUCGUGUUUUAUCUUUUUGUAUGUUGUGUACUGUGCGCUCGUAAACAACUAUUUUUUUACACUGUUUUUUCUCCUGCGUUACCGUGUUAAUCCAUUUAAAAAUGUCGUUUUCCGAUUCAGAUACUCACAGUCAGAGUAAAAAAAUUAUUCAUAGUGUGUAUUUAUUUUUAAAACAAUUAUCAAAGAAGUCAGAUUUAACUGCUGAUUUUUUUAAAAAUGCGCAAGUUGUUACUGCCGAAGCUUGUGGUGUGGGUUAUCGUACUGUAAGACGGAUUUGUGCUGAAGGAAAAAAUAAUAUUAAUCCAGAAACACCAGGUGCGGAACCUACAUUUGUUUCUCCACGUAAAGGGUAUAAACGAGCAAAAACUGUUUCGGAGCUGGAUGAUUUCGAUUCCGAUGUUGUGAGGAGAACUGUCCACGAGUUUUACGACCGGGGUGAGUACCCAACGGCUCAAUUAAUAUUAAAUGUCGUAAAAAAAAAAAACAAAUUACAAUGGGUGCGUUCGAUCAAUGCAAAGGCUCCUAAAAAAUUUAAAAUUUACUUACAAAAGAUGUAACGAUGGUCGUAUGUUUUUAAUGGAGAGGAAUGAUAUCGUCGCACUUCGGUGUAAAUUUUUACGACAAAUGUGUACGCUGCGAAAAAAUAAAGACGAUCGUCCAGUGGUUUAUCUCGAUGAAACGUGGGUAAACCAAAACCAUUCACGCACCCUUAUUUGGCAAAAUGAAAAUAAUUCUGGUGGUCUGAAGGUGCCGACGGGUAAAGGAGGCCGACUUAUUGUAUGCCAUGCAGGAUGUAGUCGCUACGGGUUUAUAGAAGGGUCAAAAUUGGUAUUUCGAAGCAAUACCGGAAAUACCACGGAUUAUCAUAAUCAGAUGAAUGGUGAAGUAUUCAAAGAGUGGUUUAUUCAACUGCUUAAAAAUCUAGAAGAGCCAUCAGUUAUAGUCAUGGACAAUGCGCCUUACCAUUCAAUCCUCAGAGACAAAUAUCCGAAAAGUAAUUGGAGAAAAACCGAAGUACAACAAUGGUUAAAUGAAAAAAAUAUUGAGUUCCAUCCAUUGGAAACAUUACCUGAACUUCGGCAAAAAGUUAAAAACCUAUUGCCACGUGAAAAAAAAUAUGAGCUGGAUGACAUUGCAAUUGAAAUGGGUCAUGAGGUAAUCCGUCUUCCACCAUACCACUGUAAGUAUAACCCAAUUGAGUUAAUUUGGGCUCAAGUUAAGGGCCAAGUAGCGAAAUUUAACAAUACUUUUAAAAUGGUUGAUAUUGAGCGGUUAACACACGAGGCAUUAGAUGCAGUAACAAUAGACGACUGGACGAAAUGCGUUCGUCAUGCAGAAGAAAUUCAGGACGAGGACAACAAAAAUGAAAUAAUGAGGGACACCAUGAUAGAACCAAUAAUUAUGACAAUAUUACCAGAUGACAGUGACUGGAGUGAUGAUGAAGAAGAUAUUGACGAAGAAAACCACGGAUAACAUAUGUCUUAAAUAAUAUUAAAUUAAAAAUUUUUUGUAUUUGUAUUUUUUUUUAAAUUUUUUUUGUUGUUUGGUUUGAAUAAAAAAAUUAAUUAUAGUAAUUUUAGUAAA